UUGUACCCUCAAACCGGUGAUCCAUGUGGGCUUCCCUCCCCCAGAGCCGGGGCCUGCACUGCUCUGUGCGGCUGCUGAAGAAGCAGCAGAGCCGCAGCGCGGCGGAGCAGCGCUGGCUGCAGCGGCAGCGCGCUGACCCGUACGUGAAGGCGUCGCAGCAGCAGAGCUUCAGGUGCAGGAGCGCCUUCAAGCUGCUGCAGGUGGACGACAAGUUCCGGCUCCUGCAGCCCGGACUCAGCGUGCUGGACUGCGGAGCUGCGCCCGGAGCCUGGAGCCAGGUGGCCGUGCACAGGGUCAACUCCGCGGGCACAGACCCAGGUUUGCCACGUGGCACGGUUAUCGGCAUCGACCUGCUGAACAUCCCCUCUCUGGACGGAGCCCACUUCCUGUCUAACCACGAUGUCACGGACCCCGGCACGCACGCCAAGCUGCAGGAGCUGCUCCCCCGCGGCCGGGCCCACGUCAUCCUGAGCGACAUGGCGCCCAACGCCAGCGGCUUCAGAGACAUGGACCACGAGAGACUCAUCUCCAUGUGUUUGUCCCUGAUAGACUUGGCGGAGAAGGUUCUGCAGCCUCGGGGCUCCCUGCUCUGUAAAUACUGGGACGGGGGUCUCGCUCACCGACUCCAGGAAAGGCUCUCCAGCCUGUUCGGGAGCGUUCGGACCGUGAAGCCAGAUGCCAGCAGAAAGGACUCGGCUGAGAGAUAUUUCCUGGCUAGAAUGUACCGAGAGCCGGAGAAGUGAGGUUUUUUACCGUCUUGUCUUCUCUCACGUGAGCCAGAUGUACUGAUGCGCUCAGUGUCUCUGAUCAGUGAGCCGUCUGAGCAUAAACACGCUCCCUUAACAGCUGCCAUCAAAAGGUGGCACUGUUGCGACAUCAGUGAGGCUCGGUGCAGCACAUUAAAUACUGAGUCUGUAAACGUAACACGGCGGCAGCAGUGAAUCAGUAAAGUGUAACCCGUAUGCAGGAAUCAGCGAGAUAUCCCUCAAGAGUCCAGUGUUGUGCUUUCUCUGAAGUUAUUGUUUGCCCCGAGUGUUUGUUCUACACACUCCGUUUGGUGUUUACUUUAUUGCAGAAAGUCAUUUACCACUUGUGCCCAUGCUAAUAAUUUGCACCUCCAGUCAUGCAGAAGUAUGUGUUUUCCUAUGCAGGGGCGGAAUUAUCUAAUGCAUAAAUGUCACAUACGGUAUAAGAGAUGAAAAAGCCUUGCAAGGCUCUGGUGGUUUCCUGGAAAGUGUUUCAGCACAGAUCACAGCUUUUCUGACAAAAGUAUUCUUCAAAAUCACUACGGGUAGCACUUCUCUCACUUGCACGCAUGCUUCUUGGUAUUUUUUAAAACUCACAUUGAUUUUAUUUCUGACCAGGGCUCGAGGUGAAAUAAAAAGAUUUAUACAUAUAUUCAUGUAUAUAUAUAUUGACUUUGAUAUUUUACUCUUACAGAUAUUUCCUCCUCUUUUAUGGUGCCAUAUGCUGUUUUUUUCAUUUCUCUAUCAUGUUUGAUAUAAAUAACAAUUUUAAGGGGUAUUUUUCUUGGCAAUCGUGGACACGGUAGCGCUAAAUGCCUACAUAAAAGACAGAAGGUCCUCAAGCACCUGUCCCCUCCAGCUGAGGAGCAGACGGUUCACAGGUAUCAAGAAAAUAUGCCCCAUCCAUCCUCUCGAUCACGUGAAUUUUAGGGUAUCUUUUAAUUAUUUUUUUCUCAAGGAGGCCUCCUUAUCAGGAUCCUCUCCUCUGGAACCAGCUGCCAGUUUGUGUCUGGGAAGCAGACACCCUCUCUACUUUUAAGAUUAAGCUUAAAACCCUCCUUUUUGAUAAAGCUU